AUGAUUCGUCAGUGUUUACAUCUGACUACAUCGCCGCUUCUGCUCCUGCUGCUGAUAGCCCUUAGCAGCAUAGGAACAGUAGUGGCAAAGUCAGAUGGACCCAAGAUAGCUAGCAUACAGCUCGAAACCGAGCCCUCGAUGCCGUUCUAUUUCGAGAAUUCUGAUACGGUUCUGUUUCUGAGACUGGAUACCGGCGAAGUUUAUCAAUCGUUCGAUGGAGGUGUGGAAUGGAAGGUCCUUGGAAAAGACCAUGAGACAGAAGGGGAGACGGCCGGUUUGGCGAAUGGUGCUGUUAUGAUCCAGGCGCACCCUUAUGAUAAUCAAAAGGCUUAUAUUCUUGGUCGACAUGGUGUUCAUUGGGUGACGACGGAUCAGGGUAAGACCUGGCGCGAAUUUGAGGUUCCUGCGGCUCCGUCCAUGUUCAACGAACCCCUUCGGUUUCACGGUGAGGAUUCAGGGAAGGUCAUCUUUCAGGGUGAACGGUGCUCUGCCUUUGCCUGCGUUGAAACGUCUUAUUAUACACGGAAUAACUUUGAGACUGUGAAGCCCAUGAGGGAUACCGCUAGAGGAUGUAUGUGGGCUGUGGCCACACCGGGGUUUGCGGAUUCGACAACCGAACAUGCAGAGGAGAUUCGGGACCGGGUGCUCUGUAUUGUGCAUGGACUCAAGAAUCCGUUUGCUUCGGCUUAUCGGCUCGUGUACUCGGAUUCGUUUUUUGAAGACGACCAGGAUGGAAUCGAGGCGAAACUCAAUGAAGGACGCCCUGUAGCUGGUAUCAUCAAUGCUGCUGCACGUACAAAGUAUAUUGUUGCUGCAGCCAAGUCGCAGGGUACCGAUGAAUUGGCUAUGUUUGUUACCGAUGAUGCCAUUACGUGGCAUCGAGCAGAGUUCGGGAACCACAAGAUCGAGGAAUCGGCGUACACGGUCCUGGAAGGCACGAAUUAUAGUAUUGAGGUCGAUGUGAUGAAUACCGACCGAUCGACGAAUAUGGGGGUUUUGUUCACGUCGAACUCUAACGGCACGUAUUUUACACGCAACAUCGAACACACCAACCGUGAUAUGAGUGGACUAGUCGAUUUCGAGAAGAUUGCAGGCGUCCAGGGUAUUGUGCUCGUCAAUGUUGUGGACAAUUGGGAAGAAAUCGAGAAUGAUCCCAAAGCAGACCGAAAAGUCAUCAGUAAGAUUAGCUUUGACGAUGGGCGCACCUUUCAGUCAUUGAAAGUCAAAGAUAAGGACUUGCAUUUGCAUUCUGUCACGGCAUUUGAGAAUAUUGGCCGCGUGUUUUCUAGUCCUGCUCCUGGAAUUGUCAUGGGCGUUGGUAAUACAGGUACUCACCUCAAGAGCUACACGAAAGAUGGCGAUCUGUACGUCUCGGAUGAUGCCGGCGUUACAUGGCGCUUGGCACUUGAGAAACCACACAAGUACGAGAUUGGUAACAAGGGUGCUAUUAUUAUGGCAAUCAAGGAUAACGACAAGCCAACGAAGAAAAUUCAAUACUCUAUCAACCAUGGCAAGGAUUGGGAGACUGCCGAGUUGGACCGUGAGAUUAUCCCCUAUUUUCUUACUACGACUCCAGACUCGACCAGUCUCAAGUUUAUGCUAGUCGGUUAUGUAGAAGAUCCUGCCGACUGGUACAUCUACGCAAUUGACUUUGAGGGUUUGCAUGAGCGCGAGUGCAAGGAUAGCGAUUUUGAGAAUUGGCCUGCUCGUUUGGACGAGAAUGGCGAACCUGAUUGUCUUAUGGGACACAAACAAUUCUAUCGCCGACGCAAAUCGGAUGCCAAUUGCUUUAUAACCGAGACCAUGUUCAAGACGCCUAAACCGGAAUUCAAGUCUUGCAAAUGUACCGCAGAGGACUUUGAGUGCGAUUACAAUUUCGUUCGGUCAGAAGAUAGGAAAGAAUGUGUUCCUGCUACUAUUCUCAAGGCUCCAGAAGGUACAUGCAAGAAUGACGAUGACACUUUCAAGGGCCCCUCGGGAUGGAGGUUGAUUCCUGGAAAUGUCUGUACUCGUGAUGGAGCGGUGGAACUCGACAAGGAGAUUGACCGCCCUUGCAAGGACGCUCUGAAGACGCCAUCCGGUGACUCCAAAGCGGUCAGCUCUACGGCUAAUUAUAUUGAGACUGAGAUGUUUGGAGAGUUCUUCUAUCUGGAGCGAGCUGGCAGUAGUCGCGGUGAGGACGAGACGAUUAUCAUGCGUACAACUGAUGGUAAACUCUACGUGACUCAUGAUCAUGGCAAGUCCUGGACUCAUGAACUCAAGGACGUCAAGAUUCAGCAGAUUGCACCGCAUCGAUAUUUGAACGAUCGUGCAUUCUUCCUUACCAGUGGCAAAAAGCAAUACUAUACCAUCAAUCGCGCGGAAAGCUUCGACGCGUUUUCUGCUCCUGCCGAAGUGAAUCCUUCCGGAUUGACGCUGGGUUAUCACGAGGAGUUCAAGGACUGGAUGAUCUGGACGGGUCCUGGUGAAUGUAGCCAUGGCGAGUGCCCUAAAGUUUCCUUCAUUUCGAAGCACCGUGGCGACGACUGGGAGAUUUUGCUACGAGCAGUCGAAAAAUGCGAAUUCAUGGCGCGUGAGGAUCGAAAAGAUAGUGGCAGUUUGAUCUUCUGCGAUCAACACGAGGGUGAAAAAGUGGACGGUCAGCGUAUGCUUGUGACCAGUAAUGACUUUUUCGCUACGUCAACCACACCAUUGACCAAUAUUAUCGAUUUUGCAACCAUGGCCGAGUUCAUUAUCAUCGCCACACGGAAUCCCGAGAAGGAGAAUUCUCUUAAAGUCGAUGCUAGCGUUAACGGCGUGGAAUUUGCUGAUGCCGAGUUCCCUUAUAACUUGGAAGUACCCGUACAAUUGGCAUACACGGUAUUAGAUAGUUCUACUCAUUCAGUGUUUUUGCACGUCACGGCCAACAAUAAAAUGGACCAGUCGUACGGCUCGAUCAUCAAGAGUAACAGCAAUGGUACAUCGUACGUGCUGAGUCUCAACGAUGUGAACCGUAACAACGGUGGAUACGUCGAUUUUGAGAAACUCCCAGGCCUGGAAGGCGUCGCGUUGGCUAAUGUUGUUAGCAACACCAAGAAUGUCGAAAAGGGCAGCGAGAAGAAACUGACGAGUAUGAUUACGCACAAUGACGGUUCUCAGUGGACUCUUAUCCCACCUCCAGCGAAGGAUUCGGAGGGUAAACCAUAUAGCUGUGGAUCGGAUGGAAAGCCCACUGACAAGUGCUCUCUUCAUCUUCAUGGAUACACCGAAAGACGGGAUCCUCGCGAUAGUUUUGGAUCUGCCUCAGCGAUUGGUCUUUUGUUUGGCGUUGGUAACGUUGGCGAAUCCUUGGGCAGUAAGUCCGAGGCUAGUACAUUCUUCAGCAGUGACGGCGGUAUCAGCUGGAAGGAAGUGAAGAAGGGUAAUUACAUGUGGAAAUUUGGUGAUCAGGGAUCUGUUUUGGUGCUGGUUGAAGAACUCAAGCCGACACGAGAUAUCUAUUUCAGCACUGAUGAAGGAGAUACCUGGGAGAAAUACCAGUUUUCCGAGAAGGAGGUCACGGUGCAGAGUCUCUCGACUGUGCCGUCUGGUACCUCGAAGAAUUUCCUGAUUUGGGGCAAAGAAACCGGUUCUAGCAAAUUGGUGACGAUUAAUCUGGACUUUAGUGGACUGCGUGAUCGAACAUGUAACCUGGAUGAAGACACUGGCGAGAGCGAGGAUUACUAUCUCUGGGAACCGAAACAUCCUCUUCAAGAGGGUAACUGUCUAUUUGGUCAUGUGGAACAGUAUCACCGCAAGAAACCUUCUUCGCAUUGUUGGAAUGAUUGGUCGGAAGCUCAUGUGCAUCGUAUCUCGCACAAUUGCACCUGUACCGAGGAAGAUUAUGAAUGUGACUACAACUACGAACGCCAAACGGAUGGAAGCUGUGCUUUGGUACCUGGUCUUCUCAAACCAAAUGCAAUCGACUAUUGCCGAGAGAACCCGGAGGCAAUCGAAUACUGGGAACCAACCGGUUACAGACGCAUCCCACUGACCACAUGUCAAGGAGGUAAAAACUUGGAUCGCUGGGUAUCUCGUCCAUGCCCGAGCCACGAGGAAGAAUAUCAACGUAAACACGGUCCCAGCGGAGCGGUCAUCUUCUUCGCUAUCAUCGUACCCAUCACCAUCGCAGUCGCGGCUGGUUACUGGGUAUAUACACGCUGGGAUGGUAAAUUCGGACAGAUCCGGUUGGGCGACGGUGGUGCACAGUCAUUUGUUACGUCUCGCGGCGAUUCGCCAUUUAUUACGAUCCCCGUGGCGAUAAUCGCUGGUACUGUAGCUGCAGUGAAGGUGUUGCCAUUGUUGGUCAUGUCCCUUUGGAGAAGUGUCACUGGAUAUGUGCGGAUACCUGGUCGUAGGGGUCCACGACCUUAUGCGACGAGAGAUGCGUUUGCGGCGAGAAGAGGGGAUUAUACGCAUGUCGUUGAUGAUGAGGAUGAGUUGUUGGGGGAUGAUGAGUUUGAGGACGAAGAAGGUGAUGAGAGGAAUUGAUGCAUAGCCAGGAUUUAUUUUUCUGCUUAUUUUUAUCUUAUCUGGGUUACGAAUGUAUUUGGUUAGAUGAUAGAUUGAACCACUUGUUAUUUAUGAUAUA